UUUUUUCAUCUUCUUCUUCACUCUUCUCUUCGUCUUCUUUAUUAUGCAGAAUUAAUCAAAGGGUCAACCUCCAACAAAGAAAGCUAAUGUUUUUGCUUUUUAACCUUUUUCGGACAAUCUAUUUUUUUUGGAAAUCUUGGAUUUUUAAACUAAAAAUCAAACAAAAAAAAAGACAUGAAGAUGAGAAAAUCGCAAAAAUCGGCGAUUACGCAACACAGUGACCGCGUUUCUACCCCCGGAGUCCAAAUCAGCAAUCUCCGGCGAAAGAGGCGCGAGGCCGUCGUUUCUUCUUCUUCACCAGCCAGACUUGGGUCAGGGCUAGUUUAAUAAGCCAAUACUGCACCAAUCAUAUUUUACUCGCCUUGGAUGCUAUUGAUUUCAGAAUGCUACUCGAUUUUGUUUCAUCUACAAUGAUAUCAUUUGGUCUGCUACUUUCAUCUAGAGUUGAAAAUUAGAUACAUGGUAGCUGCUACAUUGCAUUCCAUCUUAAGGCAAAAGCAGUCAUCUUUAGUGUAAUUCAAAGCUUUUUGAUGACUUUAUUGGACUUGAGAGUGGUUUUCUGACAUUUCCAACCCAUUUUGCAGCAAGUGCAUUGCAUCCUAUUAGACCGGAUUUCACUGAUUUAUGAGGAGCUUAAGUAACUGGGGCAGUGGUGAUCCAUGCAGAGUAAAACGAAUUGGCAUGAUAAAGACAUGAAAGGCAUACAUGUGAAGCAGCAAGAUGGCUUUAUUGUUUUAUAGUUCGAGUCAUGUGUAGAAUGGCUGCUCAACUGGUCUAUGUAGUUGGGAGAGAAACAGAUUGGAGUUAUCAGGUAUUUUGGGAUGGUCUUCGCCAUGGGAGGGUAAGGGAUGCUCUAGAACUCAUUCCCAGGGCUACUUUUUGUUCUGCUAUAUGGUUUGUUCAUUGUUUUGUUCCAUCUGUGUUCAUCAAAGUUAAAGAGAAACUAGUUCUGGAACUUAUCAAAUCUCUGGUGUUCUGAAGAGCUGUGUGUUUAUCUAUGUUAUGUUCUUUUUGGAUCAUCAUCAAUCACAUUUCUUUCCUCAUUUUUUAGUUUUCAAGAACCAGUAGAGGGCUCGCUCAAUAUGGAUUGGGAUUUGUUAGGAUAAUUACGUAACUUUUAGGGGUUGUAAUAUUUAUGCUACUCACCAUUAUGCAGAAAAUAUAUCUGGAAAUUUGGCACCCGCUGUUAUCUAAUCUUGAAGUACUGUAAGAUGAGAGAUUUAUGUGUGUUCUUUAUUUCUUUAGCUCUUCGGUUCACAGAUGUUGUCCAUUUUAAUAAAAGAUGACAACUAACCUUUAAUUGGUUCUUAGUUUGUAGUUGAGUCGGGCACUUUUGUUCUAUAAAAGAGCCCAGUGAGAGUUUUAGGGGUUGAGGCAUACCACUUCAAACAUAUGUUGUUGUACCAGCAAGUGUUGACUUUUCAUUGUAAAUUUGCAUCACAAUAUGUAUGAGGUGCUUAAGAGUUCAAGUUUUGUUGGCUCGUUGAACAUUCUUUGUCCAGCUUGAGCAUGUUCAAACUGAGAGGAGCUCUAGUUGACUUUUUCUGCAUAGAAGUUGACUGAAAAAUAAGGGCUCCAUUAUACCUAGACAGGUAUCUUGAUGAGUUCAAGAACAUGCGGUUCAUUAUUCCUGGUCACAUUUUGUUGCCUUCUGCUUCAUGUAGCUGGUUCGAGAACAGAUCCUUCAGAAGUAAAUGCUUUGCGGGAGGUCAAAAGGAGUAUAAUUGAUCCUAUGAGAAAUUUAAGUAAUUGGGCAAAGGGUGACCCGUGCAAUUCAAACUGGACUGGCAUAAUAUGCUUCGGGAGCUCACAUGAUGACGGCCACUUUCACGUCCGGGAGCUCCAAUUGAUGAGGCUGAAUUUAUCUGGAGAGCUGGCUCCUGAAGUUGGCCAGUUAUUGUAUCUCGAAAUUCUUGAUGUGAUGUGGAACAACCUGACUGGGCGUAUUCCUUUGGAGAUAGGAAGAAUUUCUUCCUUGAAACUCCUACUGUUGAAUGGGAACAAGUUCACGGGUAGUUUACCCCCUGAACUUGGUAAUCUUCAAAACCUAAACAGGCUUCAAGUAGAUGAGAACAACAUAACAGGUUCAGUUCCAUUUUCAUUUGGAAACUUGAGAAGCAUAAAACAUCUCCACUUGAAUAAUAACACUAUAAGCGGAGAAAUUCCGGUUGAGCUAUCCAAAUUGCCCAAGCUUGUUCACCUGAUUCUGGACAACAAUAACUUGACUGGGACAUUGCCGCCAGAGUUAGCUCAAUUGCCAUCCUUGACCAUACUUCAGCUGGAUAACAACAACUUCGAAGGUUCAACGAUUCCAGAGGCUUAUGGAGACGUUUCUAGAUUAGUAAAAUUAAGUUUAAGGAACUGUGGACUGCAAGGAUCAAUUCCUGAUUUAAGCAGGAUACCAAAUCUUAGCUAUCUAGACCUAAGUUGGAACCACCUCACAGGCACUAUACCAGAAUCCAAGCUUUCUGACAAUAUGACAACAAUUGAACUAUCUUAUAACCACCUAACUGGAUUUAUACCACAAAGUUUCUCAGAGUUGGGCUCUCUUCAAUUACUGUCACUUGAGAACAACAGUUUAUCUGGUUCUGUCCCAACAGAAAUUUGGCAGGACAAGUCUUUCGAGAAUAACAAGCUGCAAGUUGAUCUCAGAAACAACAACUUCUCUGAUGCCACAGGAAACCUGAGAACACCAGACAAUGUUACCCUAUAUCUCCGUGGCAACCCAAUAUGCAAGAGUACAAGCAUUCCCAUUGUAAAACAAUUCUUCGAAUACAUCUGCGGCGAAAAAAAGCAGACAUCUACAAACUCAAAUACACCCUGCAGUAAUGUGAAAUGUCCCUUUGAGAAUGUGAAAGUAUCCCCAGGAAUCUGCUUGUGUACAGCACCUCUUUCGAUUGAUUAUAGGCUAAAGAGCCCUAGCUUCUUUUUCUUCACUCCAUAUAUUGAACGCCAAUUCAGGGAGUAUAUUACCUCGUCCCUCCAAUUGGAGACUCAUCAACUAGCAAUUGAUAGACUUCUUGAUGAGAACAGGCUGCGUCCAAGGAUGUACCUAAAGCUAGUCCCCAAAGGCAAAAUAACAUUUAACAAGAGUGAAGUCAUACGUAUCAGGGACAGGUUUAUGUCAUGGAGUUUUAAUAAAACUGACUUUUUUGGACCCUAUGAACUGUUGGAUUUCCCUCUUCAAGGACCGUAUGAUGAUUUGCUAACUCAAAAGGGUGUAAUUAGCACAAUUGGAUGGGUGAUGAUAGUGGCAGGCUCUAUUGUCACUGCCACUGUUAUUUCAGUGAGUGCAACACUUCUAUAUGUUCGGAAACGUCGUGAGAAAUCCCAUACACUCACCAAAAAGCGUUUUUUCAGAGCAAUGUCUCGGGAAAUUAAAGGGGUGAAGAAGUUCAGUUUUGUAGAAUUGUCGGAUGCAACUAAUGGUUUUGAUAGCUCCACAAUGAUCGGUAGAGGUAGCUAUGGAAAGGUCUACAAAGGCAUUUUGCCAAAUAAAACUGAAGUUGCCAUCAAACGAGGAGAAGAAACUUCUCUGCAGAGCGAGAAAGAGUUUCUGAAUGAGAUCGAUCUGCUUUCGAGGUUACAUCACCGAAAUCUUGUGUCGCUUAUUGGCUACAGUAGUGAUAUCGGGGAACAGAUGCUGGUAUAUGAGUAUAUGCCUAAUGGCAAUGUUCGUGAUUGGCUUUCAGCUAAUGCUACAGACACAUUGAGCUUUAGCAUGAGGUCACAUGUGGCGUUGGGUUCAGCUAAAGGGAUUCUUUACCUUCACACUGAAGCAAAUCCGCCUGUUAUUCACCGUGAUAUAAAAACCAGCAACAUACUCUUGGACUGUCAGCUUCGUGCUAAAGUUGCUGAUUUUGGACUGUCACGGUUGGCUCCUGCUUUUGGGGAGGGAGAUGGUGAGCCUGCCCAUGUAUCAACCGUAGUAAGAGGAACACCGGGAUAUCUGGAUCCAGAAUACUUCAUGACUCAGCAAUUGACGGUGAAGAGCGAUGUGUACAGCUUCGGAGUAGUAUUGCUUGAGCUUUUGACUGGAAUGCACCCAUUCUUUGAGGGUACACAUAUUAUCCGCGAGGUGAGGACGGCGAAUGAAUGUGGAACAGUUUUGUCAGUGGCGGAUAGUCGGAUGGGACAAUGUUCGCCCGAUAAAGUGAAGAAGUUGGCGGAAUUAGCGUUAUGGUGUUGUGAGGAUAGACCAGAGACGAGACCACCAAUGUCAAAAGUGGUGAAGGAACUUGAAGGUAUUUGCCAAUCUGUGCGAGAACCCGAAAUGUUCUCAGAAACAACGAAAUUGCUCUGCACCAAAACAUCGCCGUCAUCUUCUUCCGUACCCUCACCAUUGUCUUUACUUCCUGGAAGUGACUUGGACAGUGGCUUUUUCCACGCUGUAAAACCUCGUUGAUAUAUAAUUGUGUGAGAUAGGCUAACAUGAGACUAAUGAGAGUUGUGUUAUUAUAUUUAGGAGAUAUUAUGAAACCAGGUCUGUUGUCCUGAUUCCUAACCAUAUAAGCUAAAAUAUCUAUGCAGACAUGGAAGCUAAGCAAUCUUAUCA